UCUUGCUAAAUACAAGCUUCUGGUUAUUCCCGUCUUAAGUAUUUCUAAAUAUAAACGGAAAGAGUAAGCGUCAAUUAAAACUUUCUGUCAGUGUAAGUGAUAUGUGUGUGUGUGAUGUAUUACAACACGCACGGGAAAACAGUAACAUUUUGUGUGAUUUUAUCAAAAUAUUUUAAAGUGGUGCGGUGAGAUUCGGUACCGUGUGAUAUAGUGCGUUCGAAAAUGGGUGUACACCUCAAUAAUAACGUAAUUAUCAUUAUGAGUUUCCUAGGUGUUCUGAUGUCGUCGGUAGGAAGCGAUAGCAGUAACGGUCUCAGGUACAAUAUCGAUCUUUCUCACGCUUCAGACUUCGAAAUUGUGUCUCCCCGUAUCAGUGACGCCAUUCGACGCCGUCGUCGUGAUAUAAAUAGCAAUGUGUACUACGAGGAAGAAACUAAAUCGAAAAUCGUCGAACUAGGAGAUUGGAAAUUAGAAUUCAGUAUCAACAAUAAUUUACUUCUAGCGCCACAACUCGAAAUUGAAUGGGUUUCAGAGGGCUCUACUGUACAUCAAAGUCUUAAGCAAUGUGAUUACCAACGAGGGGUUGUGAAAGGUGUCGAAACAACCUCUACGGUUGCCAUGACAUUAUGUGGUUCUGAGAUAACCGGGUUUAUUUUCAUUCCGGACGCCGCUUACUUUAUUCAACCCUACAACGGAUCAUCAAAUUCGCAUAUAUUGUACAAAAGUAAAAUAAUUAAAGCUCCGCCGAUCAAAAGUAAACGAAGCGCUUCUGUCUCGACCGAGUCUAAUGGACCGCGAAGGCAGUGGGAAUAUUUCAAUUUAACUGGGGACACUAUGGAAAUUAACGAGUCAGUGGAAUUAGAAACGUCUUUUGAAAAUGAAUUAUACCCUAAUAAUGGAGGGCUUGGGAACCUAUCAACUAACUCAUUCAAGCGGUGGCGAGAAGAAAUAGAUUCGGACGAAUUUGGUUAUUUUCUCGAUUCUACUUGGGAGGCUAAACAUGCAAAUUAUGGCAAACAAUCAGCAUCGUGGAUGUCAACACAGCGAUGGCUGGAAAUUGCAGUGGCAGCCGAUCACACCGUAAUCGCUUUCCACGGCCGGCAAAGGGUGGCACAGUAUGUGUUGGCACUCAUGAACAUCGUAAACGCAAUUUAUCAAGAUGCAUCUUUAGACGCCAACAUGCAAAUGGUUAUUACGCGUCUGUUGCUCUACGAGAAUCAGAAGCAAUCAGUAGUGCGACCUGGAAACGCCAGAAAAUCGUUGGAAAACGUAAACACCUGGAAUAGAAGGUUACAUCUUUCGUUGGCACCGGGAGAGCCUAGGCACGAUGUGGCGGUGUGGCUUACGCGUUCUGAUAUUGGAGGGCCUUCCGGUUAUGCUCCCGUUGGUGGAGUAUGCGAUGAAAAACGGAGUUGUGCUUUAAAUAGAGAUGAAGGUCUCACAAGCGCAUUUAUUAUCGCACAUGAAAUGGCACACAUUUUAGGUUUAAGUCACGACGGAGACAAAAAGGUAGGAAAUGACUGCGGAGAUGCCGCAUUAGAUGGAAGCGUAAUGGCACCCAUGGUAUCUGCAACUUUCCACAAAUUUACGUGGUCAGAGUGUUCCAAGAACGAAUUCAAACUUAAGCAGAGUAAGUGGGCGUGCUUGCAAAAUACGCCUUACUGGAGGGAAGUAACGGUCUUAAAUGGAACAAUAGAUACAACUUUCACGCUGGAUGAGCAAUGUAGAAUGGAAUUCGGGGAUGGUUAUCAGUUGUGUCGAUCAUUUGAUAUAAUCGAACCAUGCUCACAUUUGUGGUGUGGUCACGUAAAUUCACCGUUGGUGUGUAAAACAAAAAAAGGACCUCCUUUGGAAGGCACCGAGUGCGGAUUUGACAAGUGGUGCAUAAAUGGUUAUUGUGAAUCCGUGGAUAAACGUAGAUUUGGAGUUGUUCCUAUACUUCACAACCCUCAGGAUGGAGGUUGGAGUGACUGGGGAGAAUGGGGUCCAUGUUCGCGAUCUUGUGGAACUGGGGCUCAGUUUCGCUCGCGAAUUUGUAACAAUCCUCCACCGUCAUUUGGGGGAAACAACUGCUUUGGGCCAGCGGAAGAAUGGAAACUCUGUAAACCGAUAAAGUGUCCGGAACCGAAGGCUGACCUUAGAGCGCAGCAAUGUCGAAAUAUUAUUGGGUUUUUAAAAAUCAAUGACCGCCGAAGUAACUUAACUUGGCUUCCGUAUGAAAGUGAAGAGGAGGAAAUGAAAUGUCAAUUAAUAUGCAUGAGUAAAGAAACAAGGGAGUUAUUCGUAACUGGCGAGAAUUUAAUUGACGGCACCCCCUGCUCCUACGAAAGUGGCAGCGAUAUUUGCAUUCAGGGUGUUUGCCAACCACUGGGAUGUGAUGGAGUUUUAUUUUCAAAUGCCACAGAAGAUGCAUGUGGUAUUUGUAAAGGAGAUAGUUCUGAAUGCUCUCAUAUUAAAAAGGUUCACCACAAAAGAAUAAAAAAAGAGGUUAGCAAAAUGUGCGUAAUUCCUCCCUUUGCAAAGAACAUUGCGGUAGACGCUAAUCUCACGGUGGUUGCCAGUAAUAGUCCAACUGCCUCGUUUAUUUUGAAAAAUCGUAUGAAAAAGAUAUAUUCAAUUCCAGUUCCAAGAAAAGGAGCACAUGGAGAAAUUAUUGAAGGUGCAAAAUUGUACUAUAAUAAGAUAAAAGGGCGCCAUCAUCUUUGGGCGAAAGGACCGUUCCUGGUGGAAAUGAUUGUUUUGCUGUAUACUCCUAAACAUGAAGUCAAUGCCGGAUUGAACAUCUCCUUACAGCUAGAGUACUACCUAAAAGAAAGUACAAUAAAUGCUACAAAUCGAUUUCGAUGGAUUCUCGGUGGAUGGGGUCCAUGUUCGGCAAGCUGUGGAGGUGGAAAGCGUCAAAAAACCAUAGCUUGUUGGGAUGACAAGACCAACAAGAUUGUCCGAAGAAAAUUUUGUUCACUGAUUGUGAAACCUCAAUUAACUUCGGAUAUCUGCAAUACUUACAGUUGCAACUUUCAUUGGAUUACCGGGCAAUGGGAACCUUGCAGCGUUACCUGCGGCUCAUACGGCACCCAGUCAAGAGAAUUAUAUUGCGUUCCAAAGUCAGUAAUUACAGUUAAUAGAAAUGCCAGUAAGUCGGAACUAGAUAAACCGUGGAGAUAUAUGGUUAAUCCUACAAGAUGUGCUGGUAUUCGGCCUAUAAGUAUUAGACCAUGUUAUAGGAUUCCUUGUCCAUCUUAUUGGGAGUAUGGAGAUUGGUCGCAGUGCUCCGCGUCAUGCGGGUCUGGGAUUUCAACACGCGGUACCCACUGUCCCCCGCCUGAAGGUGAAUCAUUUUUCACGUGCGGCGUACAUCCACCUCUACAAAGGAAGGUCUGUCGAGGUCCAUUUACCAAACGAACAAAUCCAUUGUGCAAACCAAAGAAGAAGAAGCAAUGCAUCGAUGACAAAUCCAAAUAUUGUGCUUUGCCUACUUUAGCAAAAUAUUGCAAAUUGAGCAGUUUUAAGCGGCUGUGUUGCAAAUCAUGCUCUAAUUUUAUAUUGUUUCCUUUUAGCUCAUAAUCGUGGACUUUUAAGUCAAAACAAUUCCAUGUUAGUUAGAGAACCACUAUUAUUGUUAUUAGGUACUGUUGAGACAAAGAUCAUAGUUGAGAUUAGAGGUACACUUGCAGAUAUCCCCCUACUGUUAACAGGAAUUAGAUUUGUCUUAUUAAUCUUAUCUUUAGAUAAUUGUAACGCCAUGGAUUAGUUUAAUUGAAAAUAAACGAUUAGUUGUGGAUACA